AUGACACAAGCUGAAACCAAUUUAGAAACUCCUGAACUACUGGAUCAUCAACUUGAUCUCAAACCUUCUCAUCCUCAAAUUCAAAAUCAAGAGAAUGAAAAAUCACAACAACCAGAAGAAAAACCAGAAAUAGAACCACAAUCAAGUAGGUUCAAUGAUAUAGAAUCGAAAAUUUUUGAUCUACAAAAUGAAAUUUCACUGAUACCCAAUAAUGUAAAUACAAAUGUAAAUUCAAAUUUAAAUUCAAAUUUAAAUGGUGACAGUGGUAAUGGUGAAAAUUUAACAGUAACAGCAAGUACUAGUGAUUUUAAUAAUGCAAAUACCACAAUGAGUAAGGAAAGUCCUUUGACUGAUUUAGAAAUUGGUACUUCUCCACCAUUGGAUAUUUUAAAUGAUGUACAACCAGAAAUACCAGGACUACUCCAGGAGCAAGAACCCAAACAAAAAGACGAAAUAGACAGACUUUCAGCUCCACCAAUUAUACCGAAAAAAAGACUAUCUAAUGGGUUUAAUAGAAAAGAUUCUUAUGAAAGUUCUGAAUUAAGUGAUGUUUCUGAUUCUGAUGCUGAUACUAUGUUAUAUGGAGUUAAUUCAGAAUCUGAUUUACAAAACCUAGCUAAAUUAACUGAAUUUGCAAGACUUGAAGAAAUAGAUUCAUCUGAUUCAGAAGAAGAAAUGAAGAAAUUGAUAACUUUAAAAUAUGAUAAAAAACCAAAACCAAUAGAGGAAACUAAUGAAGAGAAGAAAGAAGAAAAACCAGAUGAAAAAGAGGAGAAUAUACAGGAAGAAGAAGUAAUUAGUCGAAAGAGAAGUAAAUCGGAAGAACCAAUUGAAGAAAAUAAUAAAAAACCAAAAGUAGAAAACGAAGAAGAAGUGGUGAAAGAUGGUGAAGAAAAACAAGAGGAUCCAAUAGAGGAAGAUCCAAUAGAGGAAGAUCCAAUUGAGGAAGAUCCAAUAGAACCAGAAACUAAUAAUCUUGUGGAAGAGGAAUCACCAGAGAAGGAGAUUGAAAAAUCACCAAUAUUAAAACCAAUAACUGAACCUAUAGAUGAUGAAGAUAAUGAAGCAGAAGCAGAAGAUGAAGAUGAAGAAGAAGAACCAGUAUCAGAAGAAGAAGAAGAAGAAGAGGAGGAGGAAGAAGAGGAAGAAUCACAAAUACUUUUACCUAAAAAACUACUAAAGAAACAACAAAAGGAAAUUAUAGAAAAAGAAGAAAUUGAUCUUAAUGAACAAAGAAAAUUAGCAAUUGAAGAAUUAAUAAUUAUUGAAUCUCAAUUUGCAGAAUUACGAGAUAAAUUAUAUCAUGAUAAAUUAACAUUAUUAGAAAAAGAAUUAGAAUUAUGUUCGAAUGGUUCACAUCCAGAAUUAACAAAAAUAUGUAAUCGAAUAAAUGAAUUUUAUGAAAAUAGUAUAAAAUUAGCAGAUUCAGAACUAUCAUAUAAACUUAAUUGUGUGAAUAAAGAAACUAAAGCUACUCGAACAUCAAUUCAUCAAGAUUUUAUUAAGAAUAUAAUGGAUUGUAAAAAUGAAAUGAUUACUGAUACAACUUCAUUAUGGUAUAAGAUAAAUAAAGAACGGAACCAAAUGGAUCAAUUAAUUCCCGAUUAUAAUUUUAUUGCUAUUCCAAGUAUAUUGGAUUCUAAUUUAAAUUAUAUUAAUUAUAUGGAUUCUUUAAAUUCAAUUGAAACUUCAAACAUGUCAAAAAAACAAAUUAAACAAAAUACAUUAAUUGAAUUGGUUCAACAAAGAAAUAAUUUAAAUGAACAAAUUGGUGUAUUAAACGGAUUAAUUCAAUUUCAUGGAUUUCCAAGUGCUGUUAGUCUGACAUUAACUGAUAAUGAACAAUUUUCAAAUGAAUUAUUAUUGAAAAAAGCAACAGAACAAGAAAUAAAAGAAGAUUUAAAGGCAAUGAAAAUACUGUAA